AUGGUUUCAAUCAGGCGCACCAAGAACUUUGCGAAUGACCCUCAGACCCCAGUGUUUCUUUACACGAUACUCAAGCAACUGGACCUCAGAUCAGUCAACUGGAAUCAAGUUGCAGACAGUCUCGGAAUAUCCAAUGGCCACGCAGCUCGAAUGAGGUAUAGCCGAAUGAGAUCGCAGUUUGAAGAUGUAGUCAACAACCAGCCCAAACCAGUAAAGCCGAGGAAAGAAAACACUAACACGGGCGAAAACAAGUCUUGCAAGAGCAAACCAAGGAACAAGCGCCUUCUUGAGCCAGAAGAAAAUGAGCAACUGGCCAGCCAGCGAGCCGCUUGUCAACAUGUCAUGCAACCAGAUCAUGACCCCAAAAGAAUCAAGUUCGAGCCACAGUCAUACAUGCAGCCAUGGUAUCCCACGUACCCUGCAGAUCCGGCGCAAAUGUACCCAGGCUCAUUUUGGGGUCAGCCAACCAUCUCACUGAAACCAGUGCCAGGAGCGGCGUUUGCAAAUUCUGGACUUCCUGAGCAGAAAGUCGCGCCUACACCUGCUAUCAAGACAGAGCCCCAUACGACUUCAACAGCUUGCAACAAUGUAGAGACGCCAACUCUGACCAUCAAGCAGGAGCCCCAGGAACCUGUAUGCGAAUGCGAGGGAGCUGAUGUCGGUGCCACAAUUGUGAAGGAACCAGGGACAACUGUGGAAGACCAGGCAUUGGCGAAUGCUGUAGGUCGCGACAGUGUUUCACCCAGCUAUCCCUUGUCUCGGAUCAUCAAUACCUUCUUCGGGCCCCGGCAAACUCCAUCGGGCCCAGCACAGGCGCCGUCGCUCCCUGCCAACAUGGCUCUAUAUGCAACCACACAGGCAUCCUCGCGUGGCUCCUAUCUGCCAUUGGGUGGUCACAAUCAGAGCCAGAAUGCAUUGCCAUGGUCGGCACUUGGUCCAGGCCAAAACUCACUUACGUUGUCGACAGAUGACACCUCCGACAUGAUGAUCCUGAACCCAUAUGCCACCUCAUACCAAGACAUGCUGAACAUGCCGUUGUACAGACUACAUCCCGAGACAUGCGCUUUACAGACGCCAAACGCAAAGAAUCAGCAUAUUACAAUUCAGCCUGGUGUGACUGAGGAACGAACUGUCGAACAGAAGCAGCAGAAUCAUAGCGUUCGUCUACCAUCCUUUACCUGGACAGCAACAACACCAUCACCGCUACCGGCAAGUCUAACCACAAAGAACAGCAAUGGAGGAGAUAGCACGAGAACGUCUAUCACCCCGUCGGGAUCCUCCAUCGCGUCCAGCGAAUUAGGCCAGCAGAAAGGCACCAGUGGUCAGCUACCGGCUAUUUCAACUAUCAUCGAAGUGGACUCAGAGGGUGCAGGCGAGGCGGAGGCUUGUUCGACGAAUGCAGUUGAUGGCGUGACAGGACCCAAGAUCAAGAAGGAGCCGGUGGGGUUGUAA